AUGAUUGUAGCUUGGAUUUUUAAUACUAUUGAUCCGAAUAUUCGUUACACUAUUUCUUAUCGUGAUACGUCGUAUGAGUUGUGGGAAGAUAUUCGUUUACAUUUUUCUGUUGGAAACGGUAUUAAAAAAUUUCAAUUAAAUUCUGAUGUUGCUGCUUGUAAACAAAAAUCUGGUGAGUCGAUUAUGGCCUAUUAUGGACGGUUAAAGAAAUUAUGGGAUGAUAUCAAUGAAUUUGAUGCUUUGCUUUCUUGUUCUUGUUCUGGUUGCAAAUGUGGUUUGAAUCAAAUCCUUCGUAAAAGACGUGAAACGGAUCAGUAUGCCACAAGGUCUGAAAUCUGGCCGAUCACCGUUGAAGUGCAGUUUUGUGGCUAUCAUGGACAUCUUGAGGAACGAUGCUGGGAGAAACAUGGUUAUCCACCUGGCCGUGAACCUAGGCGUCCGCAAGCCACAUGUCGUGAAAAACAGAGCAUGAAUACCCCUGCUACACCCAAAGUGAAUGUUGUCUUGGGUGAAAUGUCUGCACCUACCAAUCUUAUUCGAUUAAUUAGUAAGGGAUUUUAUACUUGGAUUGUUGACACUGGUGCUUCGAAUCACGUUUGUUGUGAUGAAAAUCUGUUUGAUUUCUCUCGUGCCAUAACUCCUAUUCACGUUGGGUUGCCUAAUGGUGCUACUAUAAAGGCCACCAGAAUAAGGGAAGUUACUUUAACCAAUUCUUUGGACCUUGUCUCGAGGAUGAAGAUUGGUAUGGGUGAGCAUAUUAGGGGUCUUUAUCAUUUGCCGAUGAGGAAACCAACUCGUGUUAAUGUUGUUCAUGGGAAAGACAUGGCAGAUUUAUGUCAUAAACGGCUCGGACAUCCUUCUCGACAAGUAAUGGAGCUACUACCUCAAGUUUGUCGUAGUAAUAAUAAUAAGCUGGAGUUUAAAGCUUGUGAUAUUUUUUAUCGGGCUAAACAAACUCGUAGUAUCUUUCCGUUAAGUGAAAAUAAAGCAGUCGAUUUGUUUGAUUUAAUUCAUUGCGACGUUUGGGGUCCUUAUCGUGCAAAUCGUGCUUGCAAUUCUCGGCAUUUUUUGACCGUUGUGGAUGAUUUUUCUAGAUGUGUGUGGACAUCCAUGGUUAAAACACCUCAGAGAAAUGCUAGAGUAGAACGUAAAAAUCGUCAUAUUCUUAAUGUUGCUCGUGCUUUACGUUUUCAAGCUUGUUUACCUAUUGAUUUUUGGGGUGAAUGUGUUCUAACCGCUGCAUAUCUGAUUAAUCGCACUCCUUCUCGUGUGCUUGAUUCUAAGAUACCUUUUGAAAUGCUUUAUAGUCGUUCUCCUACUCUCGAUCUGCUUAGACCUCGUGAUGUUAGUUUUGUUGAAGAUGUUUACCCUCUAGCUGAUCCCGACGAAAUGGAUCGUCUUCACUCAUUAUAUGCAACAGAAUUUGGUGACUCACAUAAUUCUGCGGACUGUGGAUAUUUUUUUGAGAAAUGUACACAGUCAUCUGUCCCUGAACAGCACUGCCCAGUGACACCCAACCUUCAUCCAGUGACAGUGUUGUUACCAGCAACAUCUGAAAAUUUGUCUGUUUUGGGAGAUCUUUCCAGUGGAAGUUUGGUUGAAAAUGAAAGUGUCCUGGCAGAUGCUGAUGGAAAUAUUUUGGUUGAUGAUACUUGUAGUGCUGAAAGCACGGAAUUGGUUGAUGUGAAUCUUGGUCGUGGCAAACGUACCAGAUUCGAAAAUGUGCGACACAAAGAUUUUGUAAAAUGGCAAAGUUUGGAGCCGAAGACUAACACGACUUUGGUUCCCCCUCACACUUCACACAUACCAAUCCAUUCCUCAGGUACCCCGUAUCCUAUGACAUAUUAUGUAAAUUGCAAUGCGUUUUCUGUUGUGCAUCAACAUUUUCUUGCAGCUCUUUCGUCUGAUAAGGAGCCUACAUCCUUUAAGGAAGCAAUGAAUGAUCCUCGCUGGAGAAAAUCGAUGGAGGAAGAAAUUGCGGCUCUUUAUGCCAAUGGAACUUGGACAAUUCAAGACUUACCUCCGGGAAAAUUGGCUAUUGGAUGCAUGUGGGUGUUUCAUGUCAAGCGUCGUUCUGAUGGCACUGUUGAACGAUACAAGGCACGACUGGUUGUCUUCGGUAAUCAUCAAUAA